AUGACGGAACAGAGACAACAGGACCGACCAGGCAUGCCUCUGAUGGCAACUCUCAACCACUCCCUCCAACAUGGCUUCUCGCCGAUCCAGCUGUCGCAACAGCAACAGCCCCAGCACCUGGAUCCGCCUUGCUCGUCCUGCAACAAACUCAUGAUCAACUGCAUUUCCAUCACUUCAGAUGGGCCCUGUGAGCACUGUCGAGCAGGAAACAUCGAGUGCAAGCUGCCAAAGAUGCAGAGCCAGAGCCAGUGGGGAUCAAACACAAACAGUCCGUCAGUGACAAGACAUCCAACUGUGCCUGCCUCACCAGCACAUCCACUUCCACCAGGAGGUGCUACAGCAGCGCCCGUCCCGGGCCCGCAAACACUUCAAAAUGUGCCUGGGUCCGCACAAGCUCCGCCUCAGUUGGGCACUAGUUCUCAACCUCCUCCAGUGUCGCAAACCCACCCAGACUACACAAGCCCACUCUCGGGAAGCUCGGGAACUCCAGCCCCCACUACUCCUCUUCCGCCUCUACACAACAUCAUCAACAUCGAUAAAAUCAACACAACAUUAGACACGUCGUCCACUGGCCAAACGGAACCCAACCGACUCAUUUCCUCGCAGGCAGACUUUCUCACCGUCACGUGCAAAGAGGUUCCCAUCGAAUCUCUCGAUGAUAUCACAAACUCGGGCCUGUCACAGGAAGAACAGUGUCAACUGCUGCAGGCGAUGUUGAAACGAUGCUCAGCAUACGUCAAGAGUAUCACCGGACUGCCGCUCAACUCGAAGUCACAUCUGCCACUCCAGUGGCGAUAUGUGGAUCCGGAAUCCAUGAGAGAAGGAAACAUUGUCUAUAGACUACUGCAGCUCGGCAUCCUUCCGUCUGAAACCUUCUGUAGAGACGCCCUGACCAUCUUCAGAGGCAACUUUUGCCCAUCGAACUACGUGUCGGAAAAGAUCACCUUUGAGCACCUGUUGGAACAUAGACCGACUCUGCUGUUGCUCUACAUUACGCUAGGAACUCGUGACAAUCUCGAACACAUGGAACUGCUCAAGUACUACCUAGAUGAGCAUAUUGCCUACUGCGCGUUCGUCAAGGGCGAUCUGUCGAGUGAAAUCAUCAUUGCUCUAGCGGAAAUGCUCUACUUUAUGGGUUAUCAGACGUAUCUUUACAAGUUCCACCAUCUUCUGCGUCUCUAUUUGGCGUCAAUCAUGGUUGUGGAUUACUCGUUGGAACCCGACUGCAUUCUGGGUGACAAUAUGGCACAUAAACGGUGGGAGCUGCGGGCUGUUGUGGGCUCCAACGCCAUGGCUACCUGUGUUGGACUGAUGCUGCCCAAGUUCCGAACCGUCCCUUGGUCUCCUCGACACAUGGACUAUGCAAAGCUGUUGCGAGAACAGGCCUGUGAUCCCGUGGAUUACUUUCUGGAGCGAAUUGCUGCCGUCGCGCAGAUGUCUAUGGACGUGAUCAACGCCCUGGACUCGAUUUCUGAUCCUUCUUGUGCUGAGGGAGGUUACUUGUCGCCCAUUCCAAAGGAUAUUCUGUUGAAUGUGGUGUCACCUCUCGAAGCAGCCUUUGAACGGGAAGCUGCUCAGCUGAGAAAGGACGCAGACGCUGGACUACUGCAUAUGGAGCACGUGGCUAUACUUGAGUCACUGCAUUCUCGGUCGUACAUGUACUUGUUUGAGACUACCAUGCUGCGUGCCACUCCCAAGACUCGCAAGAACAAUGCUUUUGUGUACUAUCUAGGACGACAGAUUCGGGUGGCUUCUGAGAUGAUUCGACGAUUUGUUUGUUACUCUUAUUGUUCUAACCUGCGUCUUCCUGUGCUCAUUUCGUUUAUCCCCUUGCAUGCUCUUGUUUCUUUGUCAAAAGCCCAGAUUCUGAGUCACACUAUGGGAGGCCAUUUCAAGGUGGACCUUCGAGGCAACCUGGAGAUUCUUCAGGAGUCGUGGACACGUAUGCUGGACGCCCAGUCGAGUUCUCGGUGUCUCCAGUAUGCCUUUGAGAAGGUAGUUUCUUCAGUGGAGAAGGUGGUGGAGAACGGUGAAAAGAUGGCUCCUUCGGAGGAGAAUAUUGAUGAUCUUUUUGGUGACAGCAGCCACGGCAACUAUUGGGUCUCUAUUGAGGAUACUUUCACCUAUGAUGAAGAUCCCGUUAGUGUCUACUUGCAUGGUCUGGGGGAUAGAGCCUUGGACUUUGGUGAGCGAUCGUAG